AGGCGGCGGACCGAGGGCUGCCCGGCAAGAUGGACCCCCGCGGAGACCUGGGAGGGUCCCUCGGCGACUGUCCCGAUCCCGGGGGACCGGGACUCGAAGGGGUGCGGGGCGAGGACCCUGAGCAGCGGUGGGGCCCGGAGAGCCAGCUGCAGGGGACAUACGCGAACAGCAGCCACAGUGAACAACAGGACCGAAACAGGGUUUCCGAAGAACUUAUAAUGGUUGUCCAAGAGAUGAAAAAAUACUUCCCAACAGAGAGACACAGUAAACCAAGCACCCUAGACGCCCUAAACUAUGCCCUUCGCUGUGUACACAGUGUGCAAGCAAACAGUGAAUUUUUCCAGAUUCUCAGUCCACGUGGAGCACCUCAGGCAGAUGUGACCGUAUACAGCCUGGAGGAGCUGGCUGCUGUUGCUUCUGAGCACACUUCUAAGAACACAGACACCUUUGUGGCCGUGUUUUCAUUUCUUUCUGGAAGGUUAGUGCACAUUUCUGAACAGGCUGCUUUGAUCCUGAAUUGUAAGAAAGACUUCCUGGAGUCUUCUCACUUCACUGACUUGCUUGCCCCUCAAGACGUGAGGGUGUUCUACGCACAUACUGCCCGAGCUCAGCUUCCUUUCUGGAACUACUGGACCCAGAAAGCAUCACAGUAUGAAUAUGCUCCGGUGAAAUCCUUUUUCUGCAGGAUCCGUGGAGGCGGAGGCAAAGAACAAGAGAAGCACUUCCCGUUCCGGAUCCUCCCCUACUUGGUUCAUGUGCAUAGCUCUGCCACAGAAUCAGAGCCUUGCUGUCUAACGCUGGUUGAGAAGAUUCACUCUGGCUACGAAGCUCCUCGAAUCCCGGUGGGUAAAAGAAUUUUUACCACAACACACACUCCGGGAUGUGUGUUUCUUGAAGUAGAUGAAAGAGCAGUGCCUUUGCUGGGUUACCUACCUCAGGAUCUGGUCGGCUCAUCGAUCUUGACAUACUUGCAUCCAGAAGACCGUCCUCUGAUGGUUGCCAUACACCAGAAAGUCUUGAAGUAUGUAGGCCAUCCUCCCUUUGAACAUUCACCCAUUAGAUUUUGUACUCAAAAUGGAGAUUAUGUCAUAUUGGAUUCCAGUUGGUCCAGCUUUGUGAAUCCCUGGAGCCGGAAGGUUUCUUUCAUCAUUGGUCGACAUAAAGUUCAAACGACUCCACUAAAUGAGGAUGUUUUUGCCACCAGAAUAAAAAAUGCAAACAGUAGUGACAAAGACAUUACAGAAUUACAAGAACAAAUUCACAAACUUCUCUUGCAGCCAGUUCACAUGAGUGCCUCCAGUGGCUAUGGGAGCAUGGGGAGCAGUGGCUCCCAGGAGCAUCAUGUCAGCAUUGCCUCUUGCAGUGAGUCCAGCGGGCCCUGCGUGGAGGAAGCACAGAAGCAGCCGAUGACCUUGCAGCAGGUCUAUGCCAGUGUAAACAAAAUUAAGAAUCUGGGUCAGCAGCUCUACAUUGAGUCAAUGAGCAAAUCGUCAGCCAGGCCAGCAGUGAGACCGCACCUGGAGCUGCGGGGCAGGGAUGAACAGAAGGCCUUUUCUUCCUCCCAGACCUUGAAAAAGAAAGGCAUGUUCUCUGAGCCUUGUGAGGACUUGAGGAAAGGCCAGCAUAGCCCAUCCUAUCAACAAAUAAACUGUAUUGAUAGUGUCAUCAGAUACCUGAAGAGCUACAACAUCCCAGCUUUGAAAAGAAAGUGCAUAUCCUGUACAAAUACAACUUCUUCAUCCUCAGAAGAAGACAGGCAGCACCACAAGGCGGACGACGGCCAUGCACUGCAAGCUGUUGCCCAGAUCCCAGCCAUACCUAAGCCGGAAAUACCAGCACAUGGACGGUCCACAGAUGCUGAAGGAGGAGGCCCUGCACGGACCCUGUCCACCGCCGCACUGAGCUUGGGGUCAGGCAUAAGCCAGCGCAGUUACAGCAGCACCAUUGUCUAUGCCCCCCCAGAGUCAGCAGAGGAUGCCGUCACAGCAUGUGAGCCCUGCACCCUAAAAACUCAACGAGCUCCUCUGACCACAGAAGAAUUUAAACACGUAGGACUCACAGCGGCUGUUUUGUCAGCACACACGCAGAAAGAAGAACAGAAUUACGUUGACAGGUUCCGGGAAAAGAUCCUGGCAUCACCCUACAGCUGCUAUCUUCAGCAGGAACGCAAAAGCAAAGCAAAAUACUCCUAUAUUCAAGGAAAUUCUACUUCUAAGCAAACCAGAUCAACUGGUUGCAAAAAAGGAAAACACAAACAUAAGAAGCUGCCAGUGCCACUAGACACCCGCAGCUCUAGUGGUGAUGUCUGUGCCCAUGUCAGGGGACUCCUUCAGGAUGUACAGCCGUGGGGCGCUUCUGCAGUCUCCUCCCCCCACGCCUUGGGCCUGGCCUUCCCAUCUGCAGUGAUGGCUCCCAGCCAGGUGCCUUACCUCCUCCAAGCUUUUCCCCUGCCAGCCAUGACCCCUCUGGAAGGAGGAGACUCUGCAGCCUGGGGAGCUACACCUCAGCAUCUGCCUUCAUCCAGUAUCCUGCAGACACUUCCAGCGCUUCCUUCUCCUCACAUGGAUACUUUCAUGACCAUUUUCCUGCCCAACCCCCCUAUUUAUCCUCUGUGGCCACCAUCAUUCUUUCCAUAUCCAUUCUUGGGGGCCACAAACUCUUCUGAAAUGCCACCCUCAGUACCAGCCCCAAAUCUGGAACCACCUUCUUCAUCCAGUAACCAAAGGAGAGUGGAGGAAAAAUGGGAGGCACAAAGUGAAGAGCACCCAUUUAUUAAUUCCAGGAGCAGCUCACCAUUACAGUUGAACUUACUCCAGGAAGACACACCCCAAUCAUGUGACUCUCCAGAGCCAGUGAGAAGGGAGGUUUGCCCACACACUGAGUGCCGCUGUGUUGUAGACCACAGUGGCAAUAGGAACAGUCUCUGUGCUACCGGAAAACUGCUCACUGCACCGCCGCACCACGAGCCUCCAUGUGGGACUGCAGCCCCAGGAAGCCGUGGUGGCAGCAUAUGUUUCAAUAGUGAAUAUUCUUCAGAAAUCUCCGAGAGUGGGCAGCAGUCUCAGGAUGUACAGAAAAGAGAAGCUUUUCCCAGUUUAGCUGAAGAGUCCAUCUGGAAAAUGAUAGAACAAACACCAGAGUGUGUUCUGAUGACAUACCAGCUACCUGAGAGGGCAAAAGAAAUUGUACUAAAAGAAGACCUAGAAAAGUUGGAAAGCAUGAGGCAACACCAGCCCCAGUUCUCUCACGGGCAAAAGAAGGAGCUCGCUGAGGUGCAUUCUUGGAUUCAGAGCCACACUAUCCCUCAAGAAAUACACAUCCAAAGCUGUGUUGCCUGUGAAGACAGAAGUUUGGUUGAUGACACUGCAGAGUCCCAUGGGCAGCAGCCAGCAGAAGACAUCAGUUGAACAACCCUGAAGAUGUCCCUUCACACCGCUUCCAGGACAUGGGGAACACAGACUUCUCUGUGUAUCUCACUAAACCCCAGCUCUUAAAGACCAUGAAGUCAUCAUCAGCAUUAAGACUUUCCCUCCUUGCUUUAAUAGACAUUGUAUAUGGAAUCUCCUUGUUUCUGAUAUAUUGAAAUUGUCAGUUAGACUCCUUUUCUAGUUUAGCAGUCUGCUAAAGAAAUUUGAUUGCCUCUAAAGAGGUUUGUGAAUGACAAAACUAUUUCAGAUAUUACCCCAAAUAAAUCAUUACUAGAAGUAUAGCUGCGGUGAGCCCCAAACCUUAGCCUCAUUUAUUGUGUCUUAUUGUUACGUAAACCAUUUUCCCCGUUAGAGUCCUUGAGGAAAUCCUGCCUAGGGGUCAUGUACUUCUCGUAAUGGUUCCAUAAGUUUCAUACAUUUGUCUCGGCUUUGUACAGCUUGGUGCUUCUGCCUCACAGUACAUUGAAGUACGUUAUCCAUUAGUGGAUCUGGAGAUGCCUAGUUUUCAGGGUUGAAUUUUGGCCUUCAUUCUUCAUUAUACAUUGCACAUGUAAUGUUAAACAAAAGAGCUUCUUGCUCAACCAACUUUUUCAUGUUUUUGGUUUUAAAGUAAUGAUUGUAAAAACUUUCAAAAAUUACACAAGGUAAUAUUGUUUUUAUAUGCUUAUGUGUUUAAAUGUUGUUUUACCAAAACUAACACUUAACUCUUUCUUUUUAUUAAAUUUACACAAAAAGGUGUCUCCAGGCAGAUCAGAGGUCUGAUUCUGAUUGGCACUGCCUUUUGUUUUCCUUUGCACAGGGUAAGUGUUUGGAGCUGCACAGGGAGAACAGUGGUGGAGGGAAGCCCACUGACGCUAGCCUUUGGGACUGCAGAUUCCCCAUGUGUCUGUGCGUUAGGCCACGCGCAGUUUGUGUCUUUCAAGAAGUGAGUGUGGUUGUUUACUUGACAAGUCCACUCACCCUCUGGUGCUCUUUUGAGAAGUCUACAAUUCCUUCUUAAAGUGGGAAUGAUCUGUGAUGUUCACACCCAUCAGAUCAGAAAACAGAAACAGAAGAAAGUGAUGGUUACAGUAACCUUUCAUUUUUUUAUAUAACUCAUUUUUCUUCUCAUUUGUUUUGUUUUAGGAAAACACUUCUUUCUCUUUUGAAUUGAAGUUUUAUAGCUUUUUAUAAAUGCAUCCUCACAAUUAGGAGAAUUGGCCUUUUUAUCCACGGUGACUGCUAGACCUGAUUCUCCAACUCUGUAGCUCAGAUUUUGUUUCUGAAGUAGUAAUUUUAUGGUCAGUAAUUCUAUCUUAAGGUGUCAAAAACAUUUUCAAAUGCUGCCUUGACAUUUCUUGGAAUUUUCUAGUAUUAAGCAGUUCCACUCAGAUCUUCCUGAUUUAUGCAUAGAGAUCUCUCAUAUUCUACUCCAUCUUGAUAGUUAAGUGAUUUCUGAGGCCUUUCUUUAUUGGUCAAGUUGUGUGGUAUUUUUCUAUACACAAAAAAUUAAUCAGCUUGUGUAUUAUACACCGUGAGCUUCUUAGUGACAAGGUCUUUAGUUUGUGUGAGUCAGAAAGCCUUACUCAACGCUCUCGGGACUGUACUAAUUCAUGCAUGCAUAUUUUAAGCCUGUGCUCUCUACUAAUAAGCUCUUCUUUCCCACUGCUCUGGACGAUUGCUAUUUCUUUGCCUUAGUACACAUUUUAUGAAGUGUGUAUUGUGCUAGGCUUGAUUCGGAACUGGUGCUUAUAGACAGGUCUGUAAAACCAUUUUUCAGGUCUUCCUCCUUUGGUAGGAAGAUGAGCCAGUGCAGUUAGAGAUUGUUCUGCUGCUGGGCAAGGGGCUUCAGCAGUAACCGCCGCCCCCCCAGGGGGGCCUUACCCAACAAAAACUCACACCCACCUUUUUAUUAAUGACCAUCAAAACUGGUAAUAAAAGUGUAUAUGAUGAUAGGCCUCAUUGUUUACAUCAGUAUUAUCUAAAAAGCUUUAUUUUCUUGGGGCAGAGGUCAAGAUUUAUGAAAAGUGAUGCUGUAUGAGUAGAAUUAAGUAAAACUUCAUUAUAAUUCACAAGGUAAAUUUAAUCCAAAUUGGAAAUUCAGCUGAAUUUAUAACUAACUGAAUUUACUUAUUUUUAAUGUUUAAUAUUCUAAUUGGGUAUCUUUUUAAAGUAACUACAAUAAACAGUGUACAUAUAAGACCUGAGAGUUUUCUUGCAUUUUAUCAGUAAGCCUUUGUCUUCAGUGUGAUUCCAACCAGUUACAGCUGUCAGGCUCCACUGAGGUCCUCAUGUCAGGUCAGUAUGCCCCUUCAUGAUGCUGUGCUUACGUCCACGUGGUCAUCUGAGUGUCAGAUCCUGUGGUGUGGGAGAUUCAGGCCUUUGCCAGUUUGUCAUGAUGUUUAAACCUCACUUCAGCACUAAAGAAUUCAUUCGGUCCUGAAUGUGAAUGCGUGCAGAGUGCAUGAGUGUGUGUGUGUGUAGUUAAUACUUGACUAAUUUUAAUGCCAAUUUAGUGAAUUCAGGUAUCAGGAUUACUCUUAGAGAUUCUGUAGGGUCAGCCCGUAUUUUACAAAACCUGACUGUAACUUGGCAACAAUAAAAUCUAGAAAUUAAAACAUGGAACAAGAUCCUGAAGCCAACAGGGCUUUUAAAUUUUACACCUUUGAAAUUGUGUGCAUCUUUCUGUAACAAGUAUCACAAUAGCAAGAAGAAAACUGGCUCAGCAUUUGUGUGGGGUGCUUGGCGGGCCUGGUCUAAGAGCCUCACAUACACGGUCUCACUUUGUCCUCACAACUGCCCAUGAAACCAGCCUUUUACCCUCACUUGAAAGAGGACACAGAGGCAGGUGCCACGUAACUUGUUGACUACAGCUGGUCUGUGGCAGUAGCGGGAUUCCCGUGUAGCGAUCUGGCUACAGGGAUAUGAGGUAAUUGCCCAGUAUCACUAAAACAGGAGGAAAUUUGGAGUUUUAUACACUGGAAGCUCACUUGUAACCUUUUUCUGUGACAUCAGAGAACUAAUGUUAGUUUGAUUUUGGUAAUGGGAGAGACCACAGGCUUCUCGUAGCUGCAUUUGAUGUCACCAUGUUUCUGCUCUUAAUUUUAAAAUGUCUUUCCCAACAGAUUUGUCCCUGAUGUCUUAAAUCAAGAAAGCUUUCUGAAACCUGUACUCUGUAAGGGACUGGUGGUGUUUGCUGCCAAGCCCAGGACCAGUUGUGUGGUGCUUCAGGGUUGAUGCAGACCUGGCACUGUGUGAGGUGGAAUGACAGAGCCCAAACAGGAAAGCUCCUCCUGAAACUUCACUGCCCCACAGGUAGCUCUGUGCUCACUGUCAGGGGUCUGUACACCUAUAGAUGCACUGUGAACAAAAGUUAGCAUUUAUACCCAUUUAGUUUUUACAGACAAGUA